CUGCUGCUGUGCCGUGCCGCCAGCCAACUCUCUCUCGUUCGUUCGGAGUCGCGCGCGCGCGCGCGAAAAUUCACCAGUCGAAUCGCAAGCGUCGAGCUCUUCGGACACGUUCGUGUAUUCUACAUAACGUGUGUAAAGGUCGCGAGCGAGCCGAGCAUAAAGUCGAUUCAGCACGUGGAAAAGUAGUCGUCGUCGGCGAUCGCCGCGCAAUAUACACGGAUAUACAUAAAACAUCAAAAGUAUUCAGAUUCGUGUUUUCCGACCGUGUGUCAAGUGUGUCUUGUUAGUGGACGUGUACAAGUGCAUAGAUAUAUACAGAAAUAGAAAAAGAGAGUGCGAGCCAUCGCAAAUCCUACUGACCUACUUGGAUUUGUGCAGAGUCGUCGUCGCUCGUAAAAUAGCUACCAAAGCGCGUUAACCCUUUCUCUUUCUCUUUGACUUUGUGGCGCGCUGCAGCGGCUGCUGCUCCGUGUGCGUCUGUGUGUGUGUGUGUGUUUUUGCCGCCGUUACAUUACAAUCGGACAAGCGAAAUCGCCCGUUCACGAUGACGUCGACGUCUGCUUUUCUGCUGCUGCUGGCGAUCUGCGGAUGGGCCCAGGCCCACGAGCCGUUCAGCGUGCGCUUCCAGUGGAACUCGGUGAACUACACCUGGCCGAGCGACGACGCCUACAUGAUCGCCGAGAACGACGAGUCCUUCAUCGAGAAGAACAACAUCAUCUCGGGGAUCAAGCUGUGGAAGGACAAGAUGUACCUGACGUUGCCGCGCUGGAAGCCGGGUGUGCCGGUCACCCUAGCCGUGACCUCGUCCACACCGAUCAACGGCCAGACUGCGCCCAAGCUCGAGCCCUAUCCGAGCUGGGAGAUGCAGACGCUGGACGAUUGCCGGGCCCUGCAGUUCGUGCAGAGCAUGGAGAUCGAUCCGCUGGGCCGCAUGUGGGUCAUAGACACGGGCCGCACCAACAUCAUCACCCUGGACGCGGUCAACAAGUGUCCGCCCCGACUGGUGAUCCUCGACCUCGAGAACGAGGGUCAGGUGUUGCGCAGCUAUCCGUUCCCGGCGGACGUGGCCAACCCCGAGUCGGCCUACUUGAACGACAUCGUGGUGGAUCACGAGGACGGCGGAGUGGCCUACAUCACCGACACGGACGACCAGCAUCCGGGCAUCAUCGUGUACUCGCUCGCGAACGGCACCUCCUGGAAGGUCUAUCACGAGUCCAUGAACGCCAAGCCCGACGCGGUGGGCUUCGUCAUCGAGAAGAUCCGGGUGACGCAGGCCUUCGCCGUGGACGGUAUCGCCCUGUCGCCGGCCUACACCGAGGGCGAGCGCACCCUCUACUACACGCCCCUGUCCUCGUUCAUGGUGUUCUCGGUGCCGACGAGGGCGCUCAAGAGCGAGACGAUGCGCGCCAACAUCAGCCAGCACAUCCGCGUGCUGGGCCGUAAACCGUCGCAGACCGACGGCAUGGUCAUGUCCAACACCGGCAUCCUCUACAUGGGCCUGUUGGCCGACGACGCCGUAUCCAUGUGGGACUCCAAGAGCAAUCCGAGCUUCGUCACGGGCCAACGGAUCAUCUCGCGCGAUCAUCACCUCAUGCAGUGGCCCGACACGUUCGCCUUCGACGACAAGGGCCAGCUGUGGUGCAUCACCAAUCGUCUCCACACCUUCCUCGAGAAUCAGACGGACAUCAGUCGGCCGAAUUUCCGAGCGAUCAUGUCCUCGGUGAACAUGCGAAACUAUCAGUACUACGAGAACGGCACGUUCCCCGAUCUGCCGGAGAUCACGGCCGGGGCGACGAAUGCCCACCUGGUGGCCAGGGAUGCGACCUUGCUGGGCCUCGGCCUGGCGCUCCUACUGACCUUCGCCAUGCAUUAGUGGCCGAGCACGUAUCGACGACACUGCACACGUGCCGUGCUGCUGUACCGGAUCGGAGUUGUUAUUAUCGUUUGUAAUAAAUAUUGUAUAUAUGAGAGAGAUCGUGUGUCCGACGAUGCGUAUCGAUAUAUGUGUGCCGUUGUGUGUGCGAACGACGCAUUAUAAAUUUUUGCAGUCAUAUCAGUGUGUUACGUGUGUGUAUCAAUGUACAUACGCAUCGUCGCGUGGAUGUCAACGGAGCGAAACGACAACGCAUAGACUCGCGCUACUGCGGUGCACCAGCGGGUGCCGUAUAAUACUCGAAUGUGUCAAGUGCCGUUUUUCGUUUCUCUCUCUAAAAUUUUCGAGUAUAUACACGGUGUGUUAUUGUUGUUGUUGUGGUGCAUCGCGUUCGUUGAAAACGAAAGGUGCAGCUAAAAGAAAGAGAGAGAGAUGAGUCGAGUAUACAUAAUCCUCGAUUACAUACAAGGCAGCAAGAAGGAAAUGAAUAAGUAAACGAAACGGUAAAAGUGCAAAGGAGAAGAAAAAAAAAGGAAAGGAGCUGGAUGACGAUGAUGCAGACGACUAUGGUCAGAGAGUCGCGCUUAGCUGGUCGCGCGCAUCUUUUUAUUGCUGAGCCGCGCGCGCGCUAUUGUUUCCGCCUAUACCACCACCUUCCAGGAGAGCGGAAGGAGCAGCCGCAACGGAGAGAGAAGGAAGGAUAGAAAAAAAAAAUUACUGCUCGCGCGCGGCUCUCCUUAUGCUUAUACAUAUACACCUUACUUAUAACGUACUAUCCUUUCGAAGAAAGCAGUGCAAGAAAGAAGUUCACGAGCGAGCUGAGGCAAGCUACGUGUAAAACCAAGUAUGAAGAAAGAACACCAGCGACGACGAACUGCUUCUUAAAAAAACACGACGGCGACGAGUAUAUCGAUUUCGUUUUCUUAAUUUAUUAUCGUACACACGGUGCAUAAGCUGCUAUAGUUGUGUUGUGUAUGCGCGUACCGUAUGUGUGUAAAAGCGUCGACUUAUAGGGACAAGCACACUUUUUAUUCUCUUUGCUGGGCUAUAAUAAUGUGUAACGAAGUCGCGUCGGGCGUUGAAAACGCGAAAACCUCUUUAUAAUAAACGUCCGUCAUAAUUGUUGUACCAAGACUUGUUUAUGUUUAUAAAAUAAUACUAUAGAAUAUACGCAACAUAUCAUAUGUCGUCGAUGCGCUCGAACGAGUAACCGGUUGAAGGUCGACGAUAGAAUUGAAAAAUCAGCGCGUUUUUAUUCAUUAAUAACUUUUCUCUAUUAUUCUCGGACUCGAUUCACACACACACACACACACACACAAUACUUGUAUGUAUAUCGAAAGUUUUCCUAACAUGCAUACACAAAAGCUCUGCCGCGCACGACCGAGUCCGUCCAAUCGCUGUCUCUCUCUCAAAAUUCGCUAGUCGCGCGUUACGUAAUAUUAUAGCGGCACAGACACACAUACACACUGACAUUCUACGCACGCGUGUAAGUGGACGAGUUUAAAAUUCGUACAUGCAUACACUGCUGCAGUGCUGUAGCAUAGAAGGUGUGUAUAGCUGCAGCAACAUCGCCGCCGCACUUUACCUUGAACCUGUUGCCUGGUAGCACAGAUUUCUCUCUCUCUCUCUCUCUCGCUCUAUCUCGCCUGCCUGCGCGCGUGCGGCAAUGAAAACUAUAACGCGAACUACCUUGCUACAUACCUUUAUACCUUAAAAAUAAAAAAAAAUGAAAUAAGUACAAGCUAGCGGGUGAGAAAAGAAGCUCUCGCGCUCGAACGAGCUCGUUAUUUAUUAUACGUUCAAAGAGAAAAAAAGCUCUCUUCAAUUCGCACUCGCGCAACUGUUACUCGCGGCGGGCCGGGAGUCAUCCUCGCGCGGGAAAAUAAAGAGAUGCAUACACACACGCACACGAAAUAGCGAGAGAGAAAAAAAGUACCGCUGCGUUACGUACACACGCUAAUAUAUUCCAUCUCGGACAUUCGUGCGUUAUAGUAUAGGAAUAUGGAAAGACGCGCGAGUCAUCGCAAUAAUAAUUACACAACAACGACGUCGUCGUGUGUGUGUGAGCUGCAUGUAUUUUUCUCUAUAUAUGCGAUGGAAAACGUGGACUGCCUCUGCGUGGAUCAUUAUAAAACGUAUACAUAUAUGAUGUAAAACUUGGAUUUUCUCACAGCACUUAAUUAGCAUUAUUAUUAAACGUAUUUAUACAUGUGUGUGUGUGUAAACACUAGUAAAGUCAUCUACUCGGAGCGGCUAAACUGAGUGGACACGUUCAUCUCCUCUAUCUCUCUGUGCAACUAAUGAACCGCGGCCAAACAUUUAUACAUGUGUAUGUAUAAAACGAGAGAGAGAAUGCAAGUCUCUUUCUCUCUCGGCGAAUUUGAUCGAUAUACUCGCACAGCGCUAUACUUAUACACACACGGCGCACACGACCUCGACUCCAUCGUAUGCAUAUAGAUGCAUUCACAUACACACACAAACUCGCGCAUUAUUCGAGUUUAUUUUUCUUUCUCUUUUCUUUUCAUUGCUUUGGAGCGAUGAGAGCGGCGUCGUCGCCGAGUCGCGUUUCUAACUUACACACAUAUAUACUGACCACCACCGCGCGACUGACUAUACAGCUGCAUUAUUAUAUAUUCGCGCUACGUCGAGAACACUCGCAAGAAGAAUUUCCAUAUUCACCUCGCUGAUAAUACGUAAACAGCAACGCGCAUUCGCAGUCCGUAGACCGGUAAGCGAGAUAAAGAGCUGCUAUGCAUGUGAGCCUUAUAUAUACAGCUUAGAAGUCGAGGGCACGUUCAUGUAUUGUAGAUAUGUUUGAGUAUGUGUGUGUUUGUGUGCAGCAGAGUUUGGCACUGUAUAAGUACGUGUGUGUAGACGCGCGUCCGCGUUCCUUUGCCUCUCCUUUUGCUAUAGAGGGGAAAAAGGAAAAGUCUUGUGGGAGUUUUACUGCUGCCACGCUCGACCUGCAGCCAGCUCGCUACACACAUACUCACACACACUCGUUUAUGGCGGCUAUUGCUCUUCUUGCUCCUAUACAGGUAUAUCCUAAGUAUAAGCUAUUGUAGUAAUCGCCCGCGGAUCUCUCUCUCAAAUACCUCGUCGCCGCUUUUAACUUUCCUUCCGUUUUUGCGUCGCGAGGAUGAUUUUUCGCGGCGCUCGCGAGAACUAAUCUUACCCAGAAAGACGCGGAUGCAAUGUGACUGCUACUUGCAGGGAACAAGAAAAAGAUUAGAGCGAGAUGGAAUAAAAAAAAAUUAAAUUGCGGACGUUACGCGCGUCGAGUCUGUGUACGUGUGUGCGUGUGUCUAUAAGCCGCGCAGAGAUCUGUAAUAAUGUGUGCGUUAUAAUGCACUCGGGUCGGGGCGCAUCCAUGAUUGUAAUACACGGACUCGGACGGACUUAUGGUCGACGCUUAUAUAUACACACAUACAUACAGUAUACAUAAUAUACAUAAUGAUAUUUAAUCUCACCAAGAUCUUUAGGGCAUACAUACUUAUAAAUGCGCGUGUCUGUUGUAGCUUUGUAAAACUUGUAUGGCCUUACUCUGGGUACGUCUGUCUGUCUAUGUGUGUUAGUUUGUUAUGUGUGUCUCUGUGUGUGCAAUAUAUUAUAUUAUCGAGUGUGUUUGUAUGGUCAGCCUAUCUGUAUAUGUGUGCGUUCCUCGGUGCUCGAGUGCUAUUUGUCUUGAACGUAAAAAAAAAGAAACGUAAAUAAAUACGGAUUUUUCUUUCUAUUUUUCACUUUGAAAGCCAGAGAGACAGAGACGUAUGAUUAUUAGCAAUGGGGAAAAAGAACCACGAGUUAAUCGAACGUUUAGCGCGUUCCUCGGAGCCGCAGCUUCUCUCUCUCUCUCUCUUCUACAAUUGCAGUGUAGUAGUUGCUGCGGCCUGUCUGGCUGUCUCUCUCACUCUCUGUGCGCUGCACCACACAUUCACCACAUUCCGAGUCGAUUAUAGAGUACCACUUGUACGAAUCCGGGCCAAGUUUGAUAAAAAUAUAUAUUACAUUAUAUACCACACAGAUGAAUGAAUCGAGCACUGAUACAUAAUGGUCGCGUUUCUUUACUUACGUUUUUUUCUCCCCCCAUAUUACUCGCGAUAUCCUUCCCCGAGAGCUCUUUUUAAUUACUUGAAUUAAUAUAUAUCUUAUAUACAUGUAUAUUAUUAACUUUAUAUGUGUGUGUGUGCGUGUGUGUGUGCGCUCGUAUGCUUGGGGAUACAUGUCAAAGCUAAGCUAAUCGCAAACAAGAUAAAUAUUUCUAAAUACGAAAGUCGAUUCUCUCUCCCUGCAUUCCGAUUUUAGAUGAAUUUUCACACUAUGGGGUAUUUGAAAACGAGUUACCAAUCGAUUAUAAAAAAGACAAAAAUAAAAUAACUCUUAAUGAAUAUUAUUAUAUAGGACAUACGACAUUGAAAUGUGUACGAUUUAUUAGUUGCAAAAGACGACAACAGCAAAAAAAA